AACGAUGUUACCAACCUCGGAAAAAAAGCCGGUCUUACAAAUCUUAAAGGGAAUUCACCUUCCCACACAAAAAUCCAAAGAUACAGGGAGCACGACAUCAAAUUCAAUGCCCGAUAUGCCGCCUAUUGCGCCAACGAAUUCGAGGAGAGGAACGACCAGGAGGAGGUAUUCAACUAAUUCGCUCGAGGGACAGAGAGGCGUCCUUCAGAUGAGUAAAUCGACGCUGCAUGGCGAUCUUACGUUGAGGGAUCGUAUACACCAUUUCACGCUCGCUUGGUAUACGUGUACGAUGUCGACCGGAGGAAUUGCUUUGCUGUUGGCGAGGACACCGCAUCGGUUUCAUGGAUUAAUAGCGAUUGGAGAUAUAUUUUUCAUCUUGACAGUCGUUCUGUUCAUCCUGUUUACUGCUACGCUUUGCACCCGUUUUAUCUUAUAUCCAAAAUCGCUUGCAAAAUGCAUCACGCACCCUACCGAGUCGCUCUUCUUUCCCACAUUUUGGAUAUCAAUCUCCAACAUAAUCUCCAACAUCCAAUCCUACGGCGUCCCCCACUCCGGGCCCUGGCUGGUCACAACCCUCAAAGUCCUCUUCUGGACCUACGCCGCCCUCACCUUCUCCGUAGCCGUCGGCCAGUACUUCUUCCUCUUCACCGGCAAGCCCCUCACAAUCCAAUCCAUGACUCCCCAAUGGAUCCUCCCCGUCUUCCCCAUAAUGCUCUGUGGCACUCUAGCCUCACUCAUGGGCUCCUCCCAGCCUGUCUCCGCAGCGUAUCCUAUUCUCGUCGCAGGCAUCACGUUCCAGGGUCUCGGUAUGCUUAUGGCGACUUUUAUGUACGGCCCCUACCUGAGACGCUUAAUGACUGCCGGUUUACCCUCUCCUAACACGCGCCCUGGAAUGUUCAUCGCUGUCGGACCCCCGAGUUUCACUGGUCUCGCCUUACUUGGAAUUUCAGAACAUCUAUACCGUAUAUUCCCAGACUAUACAUCAAUCUCUUACAUCACAACUCCAAGCCUAAUCCCAGACAUAUUCCGCGUCCUCGCCCUCGGGAUAGCGCUCUUCCUCUGGGCAACCGCAUUCUGGUUCUUCAGCAUCGCCUUCGUCUCCGUGCUCCACGGCGCUGUCCGCUCCAAGGAAGGCAUGAGUUUCCAUCUCGUGUGGUGGGCGUUCGUGUUCCCGAACGUGGGGUUCACGAUUUGUACAAUUGAGAUCGGGAAUGCGGUUAUGAGUGAGGGGAUUUUGUGGGUGGGGACCGCGAUGACGGUGCUGUUGGUGGCGACGUGGGUCGUUUGUGCGGUGGCUCAUGGGAGGGCGGUGGUGAGGAAGGAGAUCCUUUGGCCGGGGAGGGAUGAGGAUCAUGAUCAGGGAGGGUUUACGGAGGAGAUGGAGGGGAGGUUUGAUAGGUGAGAUUGGGAAGGGAGUGGAAUCUUUCAGUUUUGAGAGUGGUGGCAAGGGGAAAAGGGGUGUGAGUCUGGGAAGCGGGAUAAGGACAGAAUGUCUGUCCUCACACUGGAUAGUCUCGUGCUUCCAGACUUCACUUUGAAGAAGGGGAAGAUGUGUGUCACGACAUCCAGAAUGAAAGUCGAAGGAUAACGGACGAUAAUUGAUCAAUGUUUUUUGAUGACAACAACGAUGGAGAGGAAAGGUUUUGGAAUAGCCUAAGAAGGCAUAGAUUAUACGGCAUAGCAUAAGAUAGCAAAAUCAUAGCAUUGAAUCUAAACAGCUCUAAAAAUUUAACAUCAAUAC